ACGCCGUUACUCAUCUUAACUUGAAACUCUCCUCCCUCGUCCUCUUACAAAAACAAAAAAAAUCCUUCGCCCAACAAACUUCCUUCUGUGGCUUUUCCAAAAGCUGAAACAAUCUAAAAACCUUACAAAAUUAAACUCCUAAAUCCUAAUCCAGUUUUCCACUUAACUAAACCUCCCCACCACCGCCGCCACCGCCUCCCAAUUGUAAAAUAGAAGGGAGAAAAGAAAUGACUUGCCCAGUUGCCAUUUCCCAUCAACGAUAAUCACUCCAAAUUCCACCAAACAUUUACCUCCUUUUAUCCUUUGCUGCCUGCUAACCCAAACACAUUAUAUGCCAAAUUGUGACAAUUCCAUCCUCCACUUCCUCUCCUCUCUGAAAAUCACACCAUCGAUGUUCUCAUCUCCUUUUGUAAUAACAUUCUCUCUCCUCCUGUCUCUCCCAAUUCUCUUCCUCUUAGCCCCUCGCAUCCUCCCUCCACGCCUCCCCUCCAUCUCCCCUUCCGAUGAGCAAGACGAUCUUUCCCUCUUCCGCAAAGCCGCCUCCAACCCUUCUUCCUUCUCUCACCUUUCCUCUUCUCGAAAACCCAAAUUGAAGAUGGCAUUUCUUUUCCUAACCAACUCCGAUCUCUACUUCGCCCCUUUAUGGGACAAAUUCUUUAAAUCCCACGAACAUCUCUACAAUAUCUACGUCCACGCCGAUCCUUCUGUCAACAUCACCCGCCCCGCCGGCGUUUUCAAGACCCACCUCAUGUCCAACGCCAAACGUACCUACCGCGCAUCUCCCACGCUCGUAUCCGCCACGCGCCGCCUUUUAGCCACUGCUAUUCUUGAUGAUCCAGCUAAUAUUUUUUUCGCUGUUGUGUCUCAGUACUGUAUUCCUCUGCAUUCUUUCAAUUAUGUUUAUAACUCUCUAGUAUUCUCUAAUUCUUUUGAUCUGACAUCAUCCGAUUCUGACCCUGAGUCGACUCAGUACGGAGUUCGAGUUCAGUACAAGAGUUUUAUUGAGGUUAUUUCUAAAGAACCUCGUUUGUGGAAACGUUACAUUGCCAGAGGGAGAUAUUCACUUAUGCCAGAAGUACCCUUUGAGAAAUUCCGAGUUGGGUCUCAGUUUUUUGUGUUGACGCGCCGUCACGCGCUUAUGGUUAUCAAAGAUGUGAAUUUGUGGAAGAAAUUUAAGAAACCUUGUUAUAGAGCUGAUGAGUGUUAUCCGGAAGAGCAUUAUUUUCCUACUUUGUUAUCAAUGGCUGAUCCUAAAGGUUGCACUCAUUAUACGCUUACAAGGGUCAAUUGGACCGGCACUACCAAUGGUCAUCCCUACACUUACCGGCCGAGUGAAAUAUCCCCUGCUUUGAUUCGCGAUUUAAGGAAAUCCAAUUACUCCAGUUCCUAUUUGUUUGCUAGGAAAUUCUCUCCGGAUUGUUUGAGACCCUUGAUGAAAAUAGCUGAUAAAGUCAUUUUCCGGGAUUGAAACAGUUCUCUUCUUUCUUGGUGAAUAAAGAUUUUGAAGAUGGACAACUGCAAAUGGAAAAGGCCAUCGUGGGGAGUAAUUUUAAUGGGGAAUGGAUUGGAAGAGGCGAAAAUUGCCCACGAACCAUUAACCCCAAUUCGGACAGGAAGAAGGUUCUUUGUGGAGAGGAAGAAAGGGAUAAAAAGAGGGAAAAGAAAAAAGAGCAGAUAAAAGUGGGAAGCAAAAGCAUAACUAUACCUUUUGCUAAAGGGUGUGCUGAUGGCUUAAAAAUGUCAAAAUGGAUGGUAGGAGUUUUGUCUCUUUGUAGUGUGUUCUGUAUAUAUGUGAAUGAAAUGUUGAGAAUAUGAAUGGGAUCUUUACAUUGUACUUUCUUAGGUUGUUGAGUGAAAGAGAAAAUGAAUACUGCAACAGAAAAUGCGAGUGUAAGGGAAACAGUGAUUGCCUCACAUUUGAGAAGCUGGGCUAAGCCAGCCCUCUUCUCUCUUUCCAAAUUUUGAUAUUAUUUUUCAUCUAUUAUUUUCUUGGUUAAUCAAUACAAAAAAGAAAAAAAAAAACCCAUCUUUAAAGAAUA